UCUAUCUCUCUACUGCGCGUCACAGCCAUGGACUUUGAAGUGCCCGGGGCUGAGUUACCCCACGUCCCCGACAACCUGACUAUUCCACAGUUUCUGCUAGACUCGCAGCAUGCGACGCGACCUCUCAGACCGGUGAACUCUCCGUGGCUCAUUGAGGACGAGACAGGGAGACACAUCGGUUUUGAGGAAUUGCGAAGGAGGACAUUCGGGUUGGCAAAUGCUCUAAGCGUAAAAUAUGGUAUCGGAAAUAACGACGUCGUCUGCCUGUUCAGUCCAAACCACGUUGAUUAUCCCGUCGUUGUGUGGGCUAUCCACCGACUGGGUGCCAUCAUCUCUCCUGCGAAUCCUGCUUACACUGUGGAGGAACUCGUGUAUCAGUGCCAGGCCAGCAAGUCCUCUAUGAUCAUGGUGCACCCCCUGUUCCUGUCCACGGCCUUGUCAGCUGCGCGACAAGCCAACAUAUCCUCGGACCGCAUCGUCCUCGUGGACAGCCUUCCCACGUCCACCGGGACUAGCGUGCCUAUCCACUGCCCUCCGACAGUGAGCGAUCUCGUCGCUCAUGGUCUCUCGGAGCCGUUGCGCUUCAAGGAGCCGCAGCUGAGCACAGGAGGCGGCAAGACGAAACUCGCCUUCUUAAGCUUCUCGAGCGGAACUACAGGAAGACCCAAGGCCGUUGCCAUCCCUCAUUACGCGGUGAUUGCGAACGUGAUUCAGAUGGCGAAGCAUUGGAAGAUAAACGAGGAUUACACAACUUGGGAAGAGAGACAAUGGCGCGCAGGCGAUGUUGCCAUUGCAGUUUUGCCAUUCUUCCACAUCUACGGGCUGGUUGUCAAUCUCCAUUACUGCCUCUUCGCUGGUCUCUCUAUAGUCGUUGUACCAAAAUUCAACUUCGAGAACUUCCUAGCAAGCAUCGCUCGAUACCGCGUUACUCACCUUCUUCUGGUCCCUCCCCAAAUGGUGCUGUUUUGCAAGCACCCGGCCACGAAGAAAUAUGACUUCAGCCAUGUUCGACUGUGCAUGGCGGGGGCGGCCCCUGUCAGCUCAGAGCUCACCAUGCAAUUUACGAAGGUGAUGAAGAAUGCUUACAUUGGGCAAGGUUACGGUAUGACGGAAACAUCGACAACUGUGGCGGUUUUGACCCCCGACCAGAAAUUGUUCACUCUCGGCUCUGCUGGCAAACUGAUGCCGGGCGUCACCGCCCGUGUCAUCAAGGAAGAUGGUUCUCUCGGUGGCGUAAACGAUGUCGGGGAGCUGGUAGUCGCAUCGCCUUCGAAUGCCCUUCGUUACGAGAACAACCCUGAAGCUACGAAGGAAACGUUCAUGGAGGCAGACGGCAAGAGAUGGGUGAGGACAGGAGAUGAGGUUAGGAUUAACGAGAAGUACGAGCUCUUCAUUGUCGACAGAAUCAAGGAAUUGAUCAAAGUUCGAGGCUUCCAAGUUGCGCCGGCUGAGUUGGAAGGGCAUCUGCUUGACCACCGUGAUGUCUCCGAUGCCUGCGUCGUAGGCAUACCGCACGAGUAUAGCGGCGAGGUGCCCUUAGCCUUCGUUGUCCUGAGCAGCGAUGCUGCGUCCAAGUUGAAGCAGGCCGGUACCGGUGAGGUAGAGCGACUGAAGAAGUCUAUCAUGAAACAUGUCGCCGAUGCAAAGGUCCACUACAAGCAUUUGUACGACGUCGAAAUCGUCUCCGAAAUACCCAAGAAUCCGUCGGGAAAGUUACUCCGCCGACUGCUUCGCGACAGAGCGAGACAAGCCAGAGCCAAGGUGGAGGUUACGAAGGCAAAGUUAUGACGCGGUGAUGUGCUACGGAGAGCCCGAAUGCACGCAAUACCAUGGAACUAGCACUCCUUCGCAGAGCAGUAGUAGCUCGAAUGACCGUUGACGAAUGCAAGCCCUGCCGUGUGGCUGUGUAAU